UGUGUUAGCAUGUACAAUCGCGCUAACUGAACUGUACCUACAUCAUGAUAUAUACAGGUAUACAGGCAGUGCAUAGUGCAUACAGAAUUGGCGGUAUAGCGAGCGGCUACCGGCCACGUGCUAUGGGCUAGAAUGGCGUCGUACGUUGAUAUCAGCUGCACAGUAUAACAGAUACUACAUAGAGUAGUUUAUUGUGAAAUUCACGAUGAACAAUCUUGUUAAUAUUAGUUAAUUAUAGUAGUGUAUUUAUCAGCAAAAAGAUUCUGUUUAGAUGUAAAUAACCAAGUCAUGCAGAGACAGUAACAAUUGUGUAUAAAAAUGUCAUCAAACGUGAAAAUUGCAAAGGCUCAGAUGCCCAUAAUUCCUGGAACUAAGCCAGCGACACGUAAUGCUCAACUCCUGGUAUCCACUGGCAUUCCAUCACUGGAUCAUUUUAUUGGAGGUGGUUUGCCUAUUGGGUCAAUUCUUCUCAUUGAGGAAGAUGCAUACAGUACCUAUGCAAAAGUUAUGUACAGAUAUUUCAUAGCUGAGGGAAUCGUCAACAGUCAUUCACUAUUUGUCGCUUCUCAAGAUCUAAAACCAUCUCACAUUUUGGGAGAACUACCAGCAGUUGAUGAAGAAUCUAUUAAGAAGCAUGAUUCUUUUACCACAGAUGAAGAAAUGAAAAUCGCUUGGCGUUACCAGAAUAUGAAAGUGUUUGAUUCAUCUCCUGGAGAUUCAUCAACAUUUGGACAUUACUAUGAUCUAACUAAAAAAAUGAAAAAGGAAACUUUAGAGAGAGUAAACAUGACAACGUGGGAUGGAGAAAACGUGAAGAAACAAAAUGGCAUAUUCGAAAAUGAUGCCUACAUGGACCUUUUGCUAAAUAUAGAAAAGACUUUAACAGAAGGGCAGUUUCUGAUUGCUCAAACAGCUACCAAAAGAAAUCUGCUACGAAUUGCAAUCAAUUCGUUAGGAUCCAGAUUAUGGCUAGGGGACUCAGAAGAGCAGACACAGAGUGAUUUAUUGAAGUUUCUGUACAUGUUUAGAGCUUUGUUGCGAGAAUCCUUCGCUGUAGCAGUACUGACAGUUCCUGUCCUGAACUUUGAUGAUUACUCGACUGGUAUUGUGCAAAGGAUAGAGCACAUGACCGACGUAGUGAUAAGCCUGGAAUCUUUUGCGGGAUCGACAAAAGAGACGAAUCCCAUUUUCAAAGAUUACCACGGUCUGCUUCACAUUAAGAAACUUCCUGCCUUCAACACGCUUGUCAAUCAAGAAUCACUUUUCUCCGAUUUGGCUUUCAAGCUACGCCGAAAAAAGUUCCUUAUCGAGAUACUUCAUCUGCCACCCGAGCUCGGCGAGACUACCCAACGCGAACAGGACGACGUUGGCUGCUCUGGAGCUGCUUCAAGUGGCCGCAGCAAAUUAGACUUUUAAAUGCUGCUUUGAAAAGCGCGCUAAAUACAUACAUAUAACUAUAGAGCUCGUAUGUGUACGUUAUAAAGCACAUACACUGCAUGGCCCAUUUAUGGGUGACUAGAAAGAGAGAGGGAGAGAGAGAGAGAGAGAGAGAGAGAACAAGAGCGCGCGAGCUGGUUUGUGCGUAUACGGGAUGAAUUAAUGCAAAGGCAGGAGAUAGGCUCGCUGAGCACUUACAAUGAUGUGCAUGAAAUCCGCUCGGUGUGGAACGGCUAAACUAAACUGAUUGAGAGCGCGAGCCGGGCGCGUUACGAGUCGCUGGUAUUUUUCACCUUUUCUGUUUGUUGCUCUACUACCACGUGCGAGUGUUGUGUGCGCGUAAAUUUUGUUAUGCUAGGAUGAUAAGUCAUUAAUUAAGAGCUCAAAUAGUUAUCUAGAGCGAUGAUAUUUUUUUAAAACGUACGAAACCUUUGGCACACAGUGAUCGAUGUAAAUAUAGUGAAAAGAGGUUGGAAAAAGUUUAUUUACUGAAUAAAUAUUUAUUCUUCCAAUUUUUCAAUGACA